AUAGCGAAGACGCUCAAAAAUGGAUUAAAAUAUUCUUAAAAGCAAAAGAAGCUAAUGGAUGGUCAAAUAAUAGAAGAGUGGCAAUUACAGCAGGAAUGUUAAGGAAGAAGCAGCUAACUGGAAAUAAAAAAGUUGAAACCUAUGCAUCUAAAUUCAAGAAGUUAGCAAAUAGAGUAGACGUAGGAGUAAUUCCAGAUAUCUUUAAAGUACGAAAGUUCUUAAGUGGAUUAAAUAAGGAAUUAGCAACCUUAGUCGCAAUUUAA